AUGGUUUCAGGUUCCUAUUCCAACCCUGCCUCGCCUGGCUACCGUGAAAUGCCACCAAGGGAUUAUAGCUACAACCUUCAGCAAGGAAAUACAAAUGGUGACAAUAAUGGAUCUGGGGGCGGCCGUCCAUCCGCAAUUUAUCCUCCCAUGCCGAAAAAGGAUUACUCGAAUGAAAUGGCUUCAGGAAAAGCUCCAACUAAUGAGUCGAUUGAUGGUGACAAGCUAAAUCAACUCAUCGAGCUUAUCAACCAAAUGCCAAAAUUCAAUAAUGCACCUCCAAAUGUGGGAACCCAAUCUGCAAUCAACCCGCAUACAGCCAUGGAAACCGAUAUCCAUAAUGCACAUUAUUUAGUACCGCAGCUAACAUUUGGCCCACCGAAUUCGGACACCGUCAUAGUUUCCAAUCAACGGAAGAAAAAAUUUGCCUGGCCAAAACUUCGAAAAGGCGUAUGCCAACAGGCCUCGUGUCAAUCGAACGUCCAGUUAAAUGUUAGCAGUGGUAGGGGCUACGGGAUGGACAUGGAGCCACGGUGCAAGUGCAAUAGCUAUUGUGAUAUGGAGUAUUACAGUGGCGGUGGAGAAUGCUGCCUGAAAAAAAUCUGCAAAAUGCAGAACCAAAUGGUCCCAAAAAUUGUGAUGGUGCCUUAUGGAUCAUCUUCAACAAAUAUAAAUGCAGGCCAAGAAACUACCUCACCUAGUAUUGGAAGAAGGAAUGUCGUUGCCGCGCCUGUCAGUGUUGGCGUUGAUGCCAACAGCACUGCCAAUAACAAUAACAAUGACAGCAAUAAAGUCGAUAAUGGAGUGAAUGUCGACAACCAGAAUACCAACACUAAUUGCAACGGGAACGUCAACAAUAACAACGCCAAUAACAACGGCAAUGGGAACAACAACAAUAACGCCAACAACGCCAACAAUGGUGGUACCUGUGUCUUAACUGGAGAUGUAGCUAGUACAGUAGUAGGCCUAAACAGCAUUGCAGCUAUCAAUGGUCUCUGUGCAAGUGUCAAUGCACUCAAUGGAGCUCUUGGUGGGCUCAGCGGUAGCAUUGGCAAUAGAAACUUUGGCGCUGGUGUCGGAUGCAUGAAUGGAGGUUUUGGUGUUGGGGGAAUUAAUGGCGGGAUGAGCGGAAUGUACGGUGACGUUUGCGCCAAUGCCAUGAACAGCGGAAUCGGUGGAGGUAUGGAAGACAUGACCAGCAGGUUCGGUAGAGGUAGUUUUGGUACCAGCAGGAUGAUCGGAGGAGGAGGCGGAUACACAGGAGGUGGUGCUUCCGGAGGGGCUAGAGUUAGGAGUAGCCGCGUCUAUGGAGGAAGCUAUGGCAAUCUCAAUACGGCUCUCUCUGCUUCUUACUCACGUUAUGGGACUAGCAACACUGGCUCAGCAUACGAUAUAAGAUAUAUCGAGCCGGAUAUGGAUGACUAUAGACAGAGGGUAAGAGAAGCAGAAGAAAAUGCGCAAAGACGACGACAAGAGCUUAUUUCCAAGCGUGACGCUGAAGUGGCUCAAAAACGCCAACAGGCAGAAUACGAAGUGGCGCAGGAAACCGCUCGUCGAAAGGCUGAUGCUGAGCGGAGACGAAAUGAGGAGGUUCAAAAAAAGAUUGCUGGCAAGUUUAGGACGCUUUCAGGCAAGGCCCAUUGCACUCGGAAGCGAAAGGAGCAGGAGUUGAUGCAACUUUUCUGUCAAAAAUUAAAGGUAUUGAGGGAUUUGGAAGCCAAAAAACGCGCUCAGUACGAGAGAGCUCUUGCGGAGGCUAAUCAGAGGGGGGCGCCAAUUCGACAACAAAUUGCUUUGACUCAACGUUGCAUACAGGAAAUGGAGGCCUAUAAAGCGCAUAUUCAAGCACAAGAGUGUGAAAGAAAAUCGCAACUGGCAAUGCUGAGUCAACAACUUGAAUCAAUUUGUGUACCAGCAUACCAUGCAGAUACGGGAUCAGAGAAGAGUUUGCUUGCGGAGUUCUGUCAAAAACUUUCGGUUAUCAAGUGUGAAGAAAAUGAGAAAGUUGCGGCUGCAGAGCCUGUUGCGGUACCAGAAUACAGGGCAGCUCGAGUCCUCUGUACGUCGAUGACUGAUCUGCCGUCAAUUUGCUGUCCGCCACCUCAACCAAUUUGCUGUCCACCAAUUCAACCAGUUUGCUGUCCACAACCUGCAUACUGCUGCCCGAUGCCAACAACGACUUUCGGCAUCAUGCCAAUCUCACCAGGCAAGUUUGUGACUUGUUGCUUGUUAUCAACCACCGCCACAACCGAUUUCGUAUUACUGCCCACCGCCUCCAUGCUGCGCGACCUAUUCACAACCACUAACACCGGAGCCUACAUCUUCGAGCUGCUGCAAGCCGAAACCAUGCACAAAUCCGUGCCGCCGAUCUUCUUCCUGCCGCAGUGGUACUUCGUGUUGCCUUGGUUCCUCAUGUUGUUGUAUAUUUUGACAUUGAUAUAUGUGAAUGCACACAGGGAGAUGCGGACAACCAUGCAGAGCUGGAAGAAGGACAUGUUCGUGUGCUCGGGGUCAGGUAGGUUCCUUAAUGAGUCGACAAUGAAAUUCAAAGAAGGCUACUCACCUACGCGCGAAGUUGUGGUAUGCGCUGAGCAACCCGUAACAAGGACAAUUGAAGAACCAAUUGAGGAAUUCAAGCCAGCAUGUGAAGAUUCUUGGAGUCAAGGUAUGGAUUCAAUGCUACAGUCAGCCGUGAUUGGAAAUCCCUUAUCUCCAACUGUUCGUGCACAAGAAUGCAUUUCGUACAUCCAUGAUGACGAUGCUAACCUACAUCCCACAGAAAGCCACUUCCAACACCAGAUGCGUACAUCGGCUUCCAGCGACCCAUCAUCACAUCAACAACGUCUCAGUCUACACGUAGACACUCUUGAUGAAUUCACUACAGAAUCGCAUCGUCAAAACGGUUUCUAUGAGGGCAAUGUUGCCUACGUAAAACCAUUCACGCACCAUGUCAUCUCACCGAUUGACAGACCAGUGAAAUUCCAAAGUAAUCAAGAUGAGUUCUUAAUUUUUGGGACUUCUCGAAGACUUCGCAGCGAGUUCUACGACGAAGUCUCGAAAAAGGAAGAACUCCGAUUGAGGGAGCAGAAAAUUGCAGAGCGCGAAGCGCAGUUACAGCAGCGGAUGGCGGAAGAGGAGGAGAAAAGACGAAUUGAGCCAGUGGAACUAAUGGGGAGGAUGGGGGAAACUGCUUACAUUGACGACGGCGGGGAUGAAUAUGACGAAGAGAUAAUUGAAGAUACUAUCACCACUCGAAGAAAGCCUCAAAUUCAAGCUGAAAUAGCACCACUUAACUACCAGGGUCCUGUACCGACAAAAGUGACCCAUUCUGUCGGUGUCGGUGACUCGGAUGUGAAUCAGUAUUUCCUUCUAGACACUGGUUCUCGCUCCGUGAAUCCUGCUGAUUUUCCACCUAUCUAUUGGGAAAGACUUAGCCGCUACUUCACUGAGGAGAUUAAGCGUAAACGCCCCACUUGUAGGGAUGCUUCAUCACAGCUCACACCUCCAAAGCAACGUACCGUGUCUCAGGCUGCUUAUGUUAAGGAAUCUCCCCCUCUACGCAACUUUGGUGUUUGCGUAAAACCAAUAGCUUUCACAAGAGGCUGCACCACAGAUCCUGCCCAUUCGUCAGACAAACGAAACUCCGCUUGUAUGACGGACGAUUUGGAUGAGUACUUUGCACGUCUCCUAAGAUCUAUCUGUACGGAAUAUCCGAAUGCUGAUCGAACCUUCAUCAAAAGCCUUUACCGCUACAGUCGUACCGAUAUUUCUCUCUUUAUUCGCCGCCUUGUUGAACGCCUGGAGGAGCUGAGGCAGGCGGAGGCAACGAGAGUGCCGCCGAUUGUAGCAGAGGCGCCACCAAAGCCGCAAAUGUUUUCUGUCGGACUGGACGUUCGCCCCCUUAUGUUGAACAAGCGAACAGCCUCCGAACCUCCGCGCAGAAACCUGGGGACCAACACAGACCUGGUGAUUCGCCGCUCCCAGGGCAUAUCGCACACUCCAACACCAACGGAUAAGUCACCAGUGACGUCGGAUUUCAGUGGAUCUACGGAGUGUUUCUUCAGACGCGUUGACACGGGGAGCCAAGCGACGCUGACCGAACCCCGAGCGUUCUCGCCACCACCUCCAACUUCGCGUUCGUCCACGACCACAGAGACAGCCAGUCGGAGGGUGACGACAUACAGGAUUAAACGCAUCGCUGGUCACGUGGACAAGGAGGGCAAGGUCUCCUCAAAGACCUUUGAAACUAGUGGCGAAGGAAAACCGCCACCAAGCUCACUCAUUGAUUCUCUUAGUGCAGUCCUGAAGGACUCGAAAAAGUUUCAGGAGGAGGUGCCGACUCAACCAUCCUUGACAUCCGAUUCUCAGAAGCGUUAUAUGUCUGAAAACGUCAUGGUUGAGACGUGGUUUGAGAAGGAAGUUCCGAAGCGGUCCAUGAGUCCAUUUCCACGUGGCUCAUCUCCGAAAGCGGCAGUUUCUCCGCUGCUUCCAUCGGAGCGUCCCCAACUAUCAUUCUCUCGAACUGUUGAGGUGGGCCGUUCACCAACCUUCACGCCUCCAGAAGAUUUUGAUUCAAUAUCCACUCUACACCAUCAGCAGUUCCGUCGGACACCAGUUGCAAGAACAAUGAGUCCUGCAUCGGGAAUCACCGCUGUAUAUCGAGCCAACUCCCCCAACAUUCCUCUUCGAAAUUACACGUACAAGGUCACUGCGGAGAUGCGAAAGGCGGUGGAGGCGCUCAGCAGCUUUUACUUGUCCUCUCCUGGGGGUACGCUGACAGAUGAUAUGCAAGAAUACUUGGACAUAGUACGCAAAUCCUGGUUCGAUAUGGUGAGCCAAACGCACAUUGAUCUCGAACAGAUUGAGGAUUUGUUCGCCUUCCUCUACAACAGCGCCCCUCAACUCCUUUACUUAUUCGUGCGAAUGCCUACAACUCGGGGUUCCACGUGCCUUCAUUACGCUGUGGGCCAUGGUGCCUGGCGUGUUGUCUCGCUCAUCCUCAAUACAGGUUACGCGGAUGCUAACAAGAAAAAUUCCUUUGGCUUCUCUCCCAUCAUGAUCGCCGCCAUUAGCGAUUCGAUAGAUUCGUCGGCAAUACCUGUUUUGGAGCGUCUGCUAGCAGCGGGCGACGUGAAUGCGCGGGCAGGAACUGCGCCGGGUCAGACGCCGUUGAUGUUGGCGGCGCGAAAGGCGAAUACUACUGUGGUAGAGCUACUGCUGCGUCAUGGCGCGGAUGUCAACGCGCAGGACGACAUCGGCAACACUGCAUUAAUGUGUGCCAUCGAUUGCGGCAAUCUAGACAUGGUCAAACUCCUUAUCACCCGACCGGAGCUCAAUGUGGAUCUGAAGGAUCAGGAGGGAUCAACAGCUUCUAGCAUAGCCGAAGCGGGUGGAAAUGAAGAGAUAAUCCGACUUAUACGUGAAAAAUCAGCUAUCUUCAAAUCAGAUCUCACAUACCAUAUUACGAGCACCAGUCGACAACUUUUCGAGCCACGUACAUUCCAUCUUAUCCCCGGGAGUUCUGAGGAAACUGCAACUGUGUCAACAACAGCUCCAAUGCCAGGGGCAACAGCAGCAACAGCAACGACUUCAACCACAGCAACCAACACAACCACUACCCAUUACAUACUACAAGAGGACUAG